AUGGAUUCAAUGAGAGAAAAGGCGUUUCAAGACUAUCGUAAGAAGUUAAUGGAACAUAAAGAAGUGGAAUCCAGAUUAAAAGACAUGCGAGAACAGUUAAAAGAUCUAACAAAACAGUAUGAUAAAAGUGAAAAUGAUUUAAAAGCUCUCCAAAGUGUUGGUCAAAUUGUUGGUGAAGUAUUAAAACAGUUGACAGAAGAGAAAUUUAUUGUAAAAGCUACAAAUGGUCCAAGGUAUGUGGUGGGUUGCCGUCGUCAACUGGAUAAAAAUAAGUUAAAAGGUGGUACUAGAGUGGCACUGGACAUGACAACUCUUACCAUCAUGAGACAUCUUCCAAGAGAGGUUGAUCCUUUAGUAUACAACAUGAGUCAUGAAGACCCAGGAGACGUCACAUACUCUGCUAUCGGUGGUCUACAGGAACAAAUUAGGCAAUUGCGAGAGGUAAUCGAACUGCCACUCAUGAACCCAGAACUGUUUGUGCGAGUCGGAAUCACUCCACCCAAGGGCUGCCUCCUGUACGGACCACCAGGGACAGGAAAGACGUUGUUGGCUAGGGCUGUUGCUUCGCAACUGGAUGCUAACUUUUUGAAGGUGGUGUCAUCAGCUAUAGUGGACAAAUACAUUGGUGAGUCAGCUCGUCUGAUCCGCGAGAUGUUCAACUAUGCAAGGGACCACCAGCCCUGCAUCAUAUUCAUGGACGAAAUUGAUGCUAUUGGUGGCAGACGUUUCUCAGAAGGCACUAGUGCAGAUCGUGAAAUCCAACGUACACUAAUGGAGUUGCUUAACCAGAUGGACGGGUUCGAUUCUUUGGGGCAAGUCAAGAUCAUUAUGGCUACUAAUCGACCUGACACACUCGACCCAGCCCUGUUGAGGCCUGGCCGUCUUGAUAGGAAGAUUGAAAUACCUCUGCCGAAUGAGCAAGCCAGGUUAGAGAUCCUGAAGAUUCAUGCAGCACCGAUAGCAAAACAUGGUGAGAUGGACUAUGAAGCUGUGGUGAAGCUCUCCGAUACAUUCAACGGUGCAGAUUUGCGCAAUGUCUGUACUGAAGCAGGGUUGUUUGCCAUACGAGCGGAGAGAGAGUAUAUUGUGCAGGAGGAUCUAAUGAAGGCGGUACGCAAAGUCGCCGACAAUAAGAAGUUAGAGAGCAAGCUCGACUACAAACCAGUU